AUUUGUACACACUAAUUUUAUUUUAUAGUAAUAAUUAUUACACCUAAAAUAUAGCGAUCUCGUAAAACCCGCUUCAAUUGUUCCAGUCACCAUCCAUGGACACCGAGAACCUCCAACGACGCCGUCGAACCAAUGCAACUCCUCACAACGCCGCCGUAACGGAGAAAAGGUUGAAACGCGGUGAGAUACUCGCAAAGAAGAAAGCCGAUAAACAACUCAUCAAAGAAGCAUAUGCUAAAAAGGACCAUCUCGCUUCUUUUCCCGCUUUUCGCCACUUCCAAAUUAAUGGUCUGUCAGUGUGUUUGAAGUCAGGACAUGGCAAUGCACUUUCAUCUCCUGUUAAACGUUAUAUUCAGAACCUCCUUAAGCUUAACAUGGAAGGGCCAUAUGGAUCUGAAUGGCAAGUGGAAGAGAAGGUGAAGCGCGUAGAAAUGGUUGAUCCCGAAGCGUGCUAUAUAUUUGUGCAUGAGGUUGAUAAUUCAAAUGCUGAUGAGAUGACAACGGUGUUAACUACGGAAGAUACUUCAACCAGUCGUCUAGAAGAUAGUAGCCCCUUGGUUGGGUUUGUACAUUACCGCUUUGUUUUGGAAGAAGAGGUACCAGUGCUUUAUGUGUACGAACUACAGGUUGAGCCUCGGGUCCAGGGGAAAGGGUUGGGGAAGUUUUUAAUGGAACUAAUUGAGCUUAUCGCCCAAAAGAACUGCAUGGGUGCUGUCAUGCUUACUGUUCAAAAGGCAAACUUGUCAGCUAUGAAGUUUUAUACAAGUAAGCUAAGAUAUAUCAUAUCAGCCACAUCACCUUCUAAAGUUAUUCCAAAGAUGGAGACAAGUUAUGAAAUUCUAUGCAAAACAUUUAAUGAUGAAGCUAAAACUAUUUUAGAGGUGACUGAAAACAAAAGCUUUUGAGUGCAUUCAAUCUGUGAACCCUGUGCUUAUUUUAGUUGAUGACAUGUCAUUAAUUUUCUCCCAAAAGGAUAGUGGGUGAGUUGGAGAAAGACUGCUUAAGUUAUUAGUCUCAUUUUUAUGGCUUCUAGCUUCGUUGUGUUAAUUUAGGGUCCGUUAUUCUCCCACAUUUCCUUUACAUUUUUUUUUGUUAUGCCAGAUUUAAGUCCCUAUAAAUUGUAGCAUCUGUCUAAUUUUAAUGAUAUAUAUCAAAUAAUUUCUCUCUC